AUGCUAUUCAUCAGUACCAAUUCGGACAACUCAGCAUACGGCCAUGGCUGCUGCAGUAAGUGCUUCCUGCAUGACCUUUCCCUCUUUAAAGAUUAUCCCUUCUGCUCAUGCUCAGCAUACGGCCAUCGGGCCUUGGCUGCUGCUGUAAGUGCUGUAUUCUCUCUUCAUUCCCUUCCAACCAGAACUACCUCCAUUGUUUCACGAGAAAGAGUCAAAUUCAACAAGGUAUCAUUGUUAUACAGAAAUGUUUCUUCUGGUGCUAAUGCAGUAUCCAUAAGAGCCCAGGUUUCAACAAAGAGUCCUGCCAAGGCUGAGAAGGUGUCAAAGAAACAGGAUGAAGGUGUAGUGGUUAACAAAUACAGGCCUGAGGAACCAUACAUCGGCAAGUGCCUUCUCAAUACAAAGAUCACCGGAGAUGAUGCCCCGGAAGAAAUCUGGCAUAUAGUCAUCAGCACUGACGGAGAGAUCCCCUAUAGAGAAGGCCAAUCCAUUGGGGUGAUUCCAGAUGGUAUUGACGAGAAUGGGAAACCUCAUAAGUUGAGUUUGUACUCAAUUGCAAGCAGUGCCCUUGGCGACUUUGGAAACUCAAAGACUGUGUCUUUGUGUGUUAAAAGGGUUGUCUACACCAAUGAGCAAGGGCAAAUAGUGAAAGGAGUUAGCUCAAACUUCUUGUGUGACCUGAAACCUGGAGCUGAAGUGAUGUUAACUGGACCUGUAGGGACAGAGAUGCUCAUGCCUAAAGAUCCUAAUGCUACUAUUAUAAUGCUUGCCACCGGAACUGGAAUAGCCCCUUUCCGCUCAUUUUUGUGGAAAAUGUUCUUUGAGAAGCACAAUGACUACAAGUUCAAUGGUCUAGCGUGGCUUUUCUUUGGUGUGACGACAAGCAGCUCCCUGCUCUACAAAAAGGAAUUUGAGAAAAUGAAAGAGAAAAACCCUGAUAACUUCAGGGUAGACUUUGCAGUUAGUGGAGAGCAAACAAACGAGAAAGGUGAAAAGAUGUAUGUUCAAACCCGGAUGGCUCAAUAUGCAGAAGAACUAUGGGACUUGCUCAAGAAAGAUAACACCUAUGUCUACAUGAGUGGGAAUAAGGCCAUGGAGAAAGGAAUUGAUGAAAUAAUGGUUUCAUUGGCUGCUAAAGAUGGUAUUGACUGGUUGGAAUAUAGAAAGUCAUUGAAGAAAGGGGAGCAAUGGAAUGUGGAAGUCUACUAA